UAUUACUUCAUCCAUUUCUAAAGACAACUUUUCUCUCCCUCUACUCUCUAACUUUCUAUUUUCAGAAGCUCUCGCUCAAUCGAUAAAUCUGGGUUUCCAUACUUGCUCAAGACUACAAAAGACUAAGGAACAACGACUUGCUGCUAGAAAUUCGCGACGUCGCACUAGAUAUGCGCAAAUGACACCCGAGAGAAAACAAUCAUUUUUGUUGCAACUGCAAGCUAAAAGAGAUGAAUCAAAAAGGCGGCGACUUUCUCAUCUUUCAAGUAAUGCACCAUUUUCGAUGGAAAUUGAUACUCAACCUCAAAUACGAAGCGCUCUUCCAAUUGUUGAUCCUCCGGUAGCUUCUGAAGAAGGUCAUGAUUCUGCAGCUACAAAUAUACCAAUUAUUGUCGACGAAGAAAAUAAUAUGAAUGAUCGCAGCUCCAUCCUUGAAAUCCGUGAGUCCAAAAUUAAUACUUCAAAUAUUCCAACUAUAAAUAUUCCAGUGUCAGGAUCAGGAUCAACAUCAGGUGCAUUCGGAAAAGUUUUAACUCCAGCAGUUACUGCAGAUAGAGGAGCCUCUGCUGCAGCAGUCCAACCGUUUGUUGGGACCAAUACUCAACAACCUAAUGGAAUGCCUGACGAUAAAUUACAUUCCAUCACCACACCUAAGCGGAGUCCUGCACUACCAUUUAAGAAGAACUCCAAUCUUUGGAAAGUAUUCGAAUCUAUGAAUGAAUUUGCAAAACUUCCACAUUUUUCACCCUUGGCACAAUAUGAGGAGGAGAAACGAGAAGAAGCAGCUUUACAACAGAUGAUAAAGUAUGUUCUUAUCGUUGAGAAGAUACCAGAGUUAGCAAUUGCUGAACUUAGUAAUUCAACUCUUAUCAAUAACAUGCUUGCAUCUUUCAAGGAGUUGGAGGAGUAUGGAUUUGAUGUAAUGCCUAUUAAACGUCAUUUGAAUGAUUUGCUGUUGGAGAACGAGAAGAAAGCUCAGCUUCGAGGCAAGUUGGAAGAAGUAGAGGUCAGAAUCAGAAAUCACAAUCUUAAGAAAACAAAAACUGAAAAUGAGAUUGACAGGAUUGCUAUGAAGAUAAAGGAUUUAGAGAAAGAACUUAAGUCAGCCAAGGAAGAAUAUAUUAUAGCCAAGAACGUGAAAGAGACAAAGGAUGGCGAUAUCAUGGUAUUGAGAUCUGAAAGGGGUGUCGUUUGUGAUGACAUUCAUCAUCUCCAGCUUGAUAACGAAAGAAUAGUAGCUUCAAUGAGCAAACCUAGUAUUUGUUUAUAAAUGAGCAAAUACAAUUCCAGUUUUUGUAAAUUCUGAAUUUCAUUUCCCCCCUCCAACUUUGAUUUAAACAUCAAACACCUUCC